GAGGAGAUCGCCUGGAAACACGUCGCGGCGUGACCGAGGGCGGUGGGUUCCCUGCGGCCGGCCCGCCCGGCAGAGAAUGGGCUGCUUGGGCUGGGCCGUAGCAGUUCGUUUCAGCGUCUUCCCAGCCCGAGUGCGUCUGCCUCACGCCUACCGGCCCGCUCUGGGACUUUGGAGUCUGCUUUACCUUGUAUGCAGAGUGGCGUGAAGCUGUGAAAUCUCCACAGCGUGGUCAGGCCUGUUUAGUAGUGCAUAUUACUUCUUUUAGGUAGAUGCCAUUUUGCAAUGGGUCUUAAAACCAUCUGGAAGGACUACAAAGUUCUGAUUGUUAUGAUACCUAGCCUUGGGCUGGUGCACUGGGGCUGGUUUUAUAUCAAGUCCAGUCCUAUUUUUCAAGUGAAGACAGAGGACUUUGUUCCAGAACCUGAGAUUGUGGCAUAUGUGAUGCAAAGGGAUCACAAAAAUAAAGAAAAAUAGCAUUUGUGAUAUGUAUUGUGGGUAUAACUAGCUUUUAAGCUUUUCAUCUGUGGGUGUUGCCAGAGGAAGAGAUGAGGAAAGCUAGCUGGAGCAGAAAGAACUUUCUCCUAGUGGCAGGACUGUCACUUAUAGGGGUCCAUUUUGGAAGCAUGCUCGUAAACUUUGUUGCUAAAAAAUCUGUUCGAUCACAUUCAGAAGCUACAAAAGAUCGUCAUGAAUGAAAUAGCUUAUGGCUGUCAUUAUGUAACAAUUUCACAGUAGGAUUUAGAGAUCAUGAGAAGUCACAGAAGUGUUGUUCUCAUACUAUAUGUACUGCUUCACAUUUAAAAUAAUAAUCCUUACCUGCAAAGAAUUUGAAUGUACUACUUCAAAUUUUAGAAGUGCUAUGAAUUAUAGAUCCAAGUGAAAAAAAUCUGUUUUGUUGGCCAGAAUUAAAAUCUUACUUUGAAAAUGUCUCGUCUUGAAGCUAAAAAGCCUCCCUUAUUUAUUAGUGAACCUUUAACUAAAGACAAAGUUAGUCACUCACUGUCUCUGCUGAGUGGAAUAUUAAGAUCUUGCUAUGGUCCUGCUGGUAGACUCAAACAUCUCCACAAUGGUGUGGGAGGCUAUGUUUGUACAACUUCACAAUCUUCAGCAAUACUCAGUAGUCUUUCUGUCAGUCAUCCUGUGUUAAGUGUUUUGGCAGCCUCUGUACAGAACCAUAUAUCCCGCUUCAGUGACUGUGGCUUAUUUACUGCCAUUCUUUGCUGUAGCUUGAUUGAAAACUUGAAAAGCCUAAAUGUUGCAUCUUGCACUGUCAUUAAAAUAAGCAAACAUCUCUUGGGUUUAUGUAUGGACUACCUCAAAUCUGAGGCCUGUGGCUGCCGAGUAGCUGUAGAUUUUAGCAGUGUUGAGAAUCUUCUUUGUUUGGUACGUAGCGUAUUAACAAGUAAACCUGCCUGCAUGCUUAAUAAAUCAGAAGUUGAUCAUCUCACCAUGGUGAUUUUAAAGGCUUUUAUGUUUACUGUUCCAUGUCAUGUUGAGACUGAUGCUGUUUUAGGAAAGUGUGUAAUAGUACCUGUGAAAGGUGGAAGAGUUGCGGAUUCUACGGUUCUUCCUGGACUACUGAUAGAAACACCAGAAAUUCAACUGGUAAAACCCCUUACUGUCAAAAAAACUUGUUCCAGCAUGAUCAAGAUAGCAGUUUUCUGUGUGUCCAUGUCAGGAGACUGCUUCAACCACGAAGAAGGAACUAUAACAGUCCAUCAGGGAAUUUCUCUAGAAAUGUCAGAGCUGGAUCAGUUGCUUACUGUAGGAAAGCAGCUGGUUAAUGAUGAGGUUGGCCUUGUAGUGUGCCAGAAAGUUAUCCAUCCAUCCUUGAAGCACUAUCUAAAAGAGAACCAUGUCAUCGUGGUGGACAGAGCUGGGCUCUCUCUGAUGGAACCCCUGAGUCGGAUGACAGGUUCAAAGCCUAUAGCUUCCAUACAUUUGUUGUCUCCUAGUUGUUAUGGCAGUUUGAAAGACGUGUGCCUUGAGAGUUUUGCCUCAAAACAUUUUGUGCAUCUAAUUCCUAAGGAGACAGUUAUCUGCAGCUUAAUACUCUGUAACAGAAAUGAAACAGCAUGGGAUGAAUUGAAGCGUGCCUGUGAAACUGCAGAGCAUGUGUUACAGUUAACAAUCAAGGAACCUUUGGCAUUAUUAGGAGGUGGCUGUACAGAAACUCACCUGGCUUCAUAUGUAAGACACAAGAGUGUUAGUCUGUCCACCAGCAGUCUUAAGGAUAUAGAUUGUUCUCAGGCACAAUACCAAUUGGUUGCUGAUGGUUUUUGCCGUGCCCUGGAGUCUGUAGCUUGCUCUCUGAAACAUGAUGAUGGAGAAGUUCUUACAGACAUGGUUUAUGGACACUGUUGGUUUGUUCCAUCAGGUUUUCCCUCUGUCUCUAAUUGGUCAGAUGUAGUUUCAAAAUGUGGCUGUGGGAUUAAUGGUAACACUGAGAAUCUCAACUGGAGGCUUUUGCAAGGCCAGUUUGGCUCUUCUGUUAUACAGGGCUGCCCUAAAGUGCCCUCAGUAAAAGUUGCUGACUUUCUGACACUGGACUGUUUUGCUGCAAAGUGUAGUGGACUACAAGUAGCUCUGGAGACAGCUAAUCUGAUUUUGGAUCUUUCAUAUGUAAUUGAAGAUCAAAAUUAGCUCUGAUCUUAUAUGAAUUGUGUUGCACGAGAUACUUAAUUGAAAGCAGAGUAAUAUAUUGUGUUUUAAGAUACUCUAAAUGGUUAGGAUAUAGAUGACAUUUUCAAUCAAAGUUUACCAUUAAGUACUCUUCUGAUUGUUUAUCUACUGUGCCCUCAAGCAUUUUCAGAUGUUUAACAUUUUGUUGGGGACUGUUAAAUGAUGAGCCAAAUAUACAAUGAAUCAUAGUAAUAUAUGAUUUACGAGUAGUCAAAUUAGUGUAUUCAAAAGACUGAAUGACACUUUGAUAUUCCCUCUGCAUUAAGCAGAGUUUUGGAUGUUUGUUAGCUCUGUGGCAUCUUCAGAGGAAUGGGAAAAAUGGAUUCAUUUGCUGAGAAAAACAUAUGUUACAGAUUAGAAUUUAUGUAGGCUCAGCAAAAGCUUUACACAUUCAAACAGAACUUUAUCCCUGAUAUUUUAAAUUUUGUAGGUAAAAAAGGCUUUCCUUAUCCACUUGAGCCACUUGUCUUCAAAUUUUGUUCUGAAGAUCUUGUCACUAUAUACUGUGUACAGUAUCCAUUUUUAAAUGGCCAGAAGAUUUUGGUUCAUACAUGUAAUUUAUUUAGCAAAUUACUAUAAAUCAACAUGGAGAUCUUAAGUUAGCAGGGAGGUCAAAGAUUUGAAAACAAAUGGCAGGCUGUGGAAAAAACUUCUGUAAAGUGGACCUUAUUUGUCUUCUGUGGAAUACAGAACAUCUUAUAAAUAAUGAUAUUUCUGUCAUUUUGGGAAAGCUGCAAGAAUGUCCCAUUUCCCAUUCAAUUAACUCUGACUGUGCAUAGCUUCUCUUCUUUUAAUAAAGUAAGGCUUUAAGCUGCUUGGCUUGUUUUGAUCUUUAAAUAAGGCUGUAAACUGAAUGAAACUUUUUCUCAUUUUCAGCUUGCAUGCAAGAUCAAAAGGGGUGUUACAGUUUCUUGCUUAAACUCAUUUUCUUUGUCCCUUUUCCUCUGUUUUCAGUCACAAGGGACAAAUUGUUCAUGACAUGCUUUUCCUGAAAACAUCCGAGUUAGUUAUAGACUAGUCUGCUUAUUUGUUUCCUGGUCUCUUAAGUUUUUAAUAUAUUUACUGAAUAUAAGCAGUGGAAUUGUUUUUUAUAACUCAAUUUUGAAAUAUGUAAUUAAAACCAGAUCUUUCCA